AUGGCGCUUAAGCGAAACAUUUUCUUCACUCUUCUCUUCUUGAACACGCUGAUCAUGCAUCACGUUAAAAGCAACCCUGUUAUUGCAAACGGCUAUGACCCCAUGGAAAUAUGCAUCGAAAACUGUGCCCAGUGCAAGAAGAUGCUCGGAGCUUGGUUCGAGGGUCCACUUUGCGCCAAAUCUUGCAUAAAAUUCAAAGGAAAACUCAUUCCCGAAUGCGAAGACUUCGCCUCAAUCUCGCCCUUCCUUAACAAGCUUUAA